AUGGCGAUUAUGCCAUGCCCUUCAGAAGGCUCCAGCAUCUCAGCUGCUUCUGGAGAAACCCUAGAUUGUGAUGAUCAUCGUCACAGGGCCAAGAACAGAUUGAACAUGGACAAAAAGAUCACCGAAUCAGAACCCGAACCCGCCGCUUACCGUCAUCUGGCGAAUCAAAAGAUACCCAUCGAGGAUAACGAGAACGGCGGCAUCAGGUCAACCGACCUAGACCUCAAGCUCUUUAACCAAGGCGUGCCAUCCAAUGCCAAGAAGGGCGACGAAUCCUCAUCGGAUGAGAAUCGCAAGGCCCCGAAAGCAAGGGUUUUUGCAUGCAACUUUUGCAAGCGAGAGUUCUCUACCUCGCAGGCUUUGGGUGGGCACCAGAACGCGCACAAGCAAGAGCGGGCCCUCGCCAAACAGCGCAAGGGGAUGGAAGCUGACUUGCUCGGGGUUCAUCCGCACUUAUCAUACUAUUGCUCGGUUGUUCCUCAGAUGCCUCUUUAUGGGAGUACAGGUAGGGCGCUCGAGAUGCGCCACGAGUCGAUGAUUCACAAGCCUUUCUACCCAUCGUCCACGCAUUCAGGGUACCGGUUUGGGGGUCCAAGGCAAGCGUGCGGCAUGAACCCGAAUUCGAGACCGCCUUUCGAUCGUGUGAGGGUCGAGAGUCUUCAAGCAUAUGGGGGUGCCGUUGGGCAUGGUGAGCCUCCCCCUCCUCCUCUUGCUUUUGAUGGAAGCACUAGUUUUCCAGUGCACCAAGCGCAAGUUGAUGUGGGUCAUGAUAAUAACAAGUCAAUGAAAAAAGAAGGUGAUCAUCCAGAACAAGAUGUGCUUAAAAGUGAUGGUUCUGAUCCAUCCGGAAUUGAUUUGACUCUCAAGCUUUGA